AAUAGAAGGUUAACCCAUUAGGGAUUUGCUAAGAUCUUCCUUUUCUUGCAUCGCACAAAAGAUGACUUUCAAUACCAACUAUAUGUUUGUUCAAGUAGAAGAAAUCUUAUUUUUCUUAAAAAAGGUUUUAAAUUUAGUCUGUUGGUAAUACAAAACGAAGGAAAUAGAAAUGGGGUUGGAGGGCGUAGUGAAUAAAGGCAUGGAGUUGGGGGAGAUGGCAUUCAACAAAGUCGGUGGAGUCAUCAAUUGGUUCCUCGGCCAUAUGGCUGUCGCCACCCGCACCAUCCACCAAUCCCUUAAGCUCUCCGACCUCGUCAUCAAAGUUCGAGCUGCUCAAAUACCAUUGUCCUCAGCUCAUGAAGAACUCCCAACUUGGCAACGAGAAGCAUUCUUCUAGCUCGGCAGCGACAAAAUAGUCGCCCAGCUCAGCAACACCAAGCAUUCUCCUAGUUCGGCUUCCAACCACAAGCAUCCUCCUUGGGCAAUAAACCAUUUGAGUUUGA